CCCCAACCUGCACAAGCCGCUGUUAACUCGUCGACUAUGCAUCUCGUGCAACUCCAAGACAUCGCUCUAAUUAGUCACUUCUAUAUUAUUCACGGCAAGUGGAGUAGAUUUGUGGAAGCGAAGAGCAGCCGAUUGUAAUACGCUAGCUUGUGGCUUUUCGACCCGAGUAGGAAAGAGUAACGAGCGAGGUGCAGACAGGCGGGGGACAGGCUAGACGAAUUGCCCACCAGGCACCGUUUGAGCCUGUCUUGUUGGCUGGACGCGCAGGCGGAGGAGUUCGAGCCUGAGCAUAUUUUCUGCAAUGAAUUAUAGGCCAUGUGGCCUGAUCCCUGGCAACCGGCCACCCACAGCACGCACGUCCGCAUCGCCGAUCAUUGUCACGGCUUCGUUCGAAGGCCAGCCCGCCGAGAACGCUGUACACUUCGUCGAAUUGUUCUCCAACCUGCAAGGCGAGCGACUCUCAGUGGCAUCCUACGCCGUCCUUGGCCGCGGCCGCCGCGAUUGGGUCCUGAAGUAUCAGCGUAUGCCAACAUUGUGCGACGAUCUUCUUGCCGAGCGCGGCGGCGAUGCUGUCUCCGCGCAUUCCGAAUCGUUUGAGAAAUGGGAGACGGUGCUACGAGCUGUACCGAACCCGAAACAGGGUCUGGGGACCGUGACGAUGCUCGAGUGUACAGUUAUUGUGUCACGCUAGGUGCAUCGGGAGGCGUCGUGCAGAGCUUGGCCCUGUGGAGGGCAUGGCGCAUAAGAUGGCGAUCAUCUCGCUAUGAGAGAUCUAGACCUUCGGUCUACUCUGCGACUUUGCCAACAGAUACGUUCUCGCUAGCUUACCUGCCAAUAAUACAAGAGUUAUCCACUGCAUUCUCGCUUGCUUUGGUCUUCUAACUGACCAAGAGCUGCGCAUACGAUAGCGCACCUUUGAGGCGAAAACUG